ACGUGCAUUUGCUAUUUUUCGGCCUGACGUAAAUUUGUUUGUUAUUUGUGCGGUGCACGCAUCCUUUCCGUGAAUUAAUAUUUGAUAAUUAAAUUGUGAAGCUACGAUUUCUAAAAUUGUAAUGGAUCUGCUAAUAGCAAACGUUGAAAAUGUGGUGUUUAAGAUCGAAAAGGAUCUUAAUGAACAGUUUGGAGCAUUAUCUCUUCCGUUUCCCGGAAUGGAUAAGUCUACUGCAGCCGUUUGUUUAUUUUUUAACGCGACUGAUGGAACGGAAUGUGAAAAGGGAUCCGCCUGUCCGUUCCGGCAUAUUCGAGGAGAUCGUACAAUCGUUUGCAAACAUUGGCUUCGGGGUCUUUGCAAGAAAGGCGACCAAUGCGAAUUUUUACACGAAUAUGAUAUGACUAAGAUGCCGGAAUGUUACUUCUAUUCAAGAUUCAACGCCUGCCACAAUAAGGAAUGUCCUUUCUUGCAUAUAGACCCCGAGAGUAAGAUAAGAGAUUGUCCUUGGUACGACCGAGGAUUCUGUAGACAUGGGCCCAACUGCCGUCAUCGACAUGUGCGAAGAGUCCUGUGCAAUUUCUACCUAGCAGGCUUUUGUCCCGAUGGAACAUCGUGUAAAUUCAUGCAUCCACGUUUCGAACUUCCUCCGCCUCCGGAAACAAAGGAUCAGAUGCCAAAACGACCCCCUACUUGUCACUACUGUGGUGAGCUGGGCCAUAAAGCUUGCUACUGUCCGAAAAUGCCUCAAGAGCAACGGGAGGCUACCCUCAGAAUGGAAGAACAGCGGUAUCGAACUCUGGGAUAUUUCAAACAUCGUCCAAAUCAAGAUACCGCUCAAGGCACGGAAGAAAGCACUCCUUUGCCGCAAAAACCUCCGCCAAGACCUUUGGAAGAAAUAACAUGCUUCAAGUGCGGCAACAAAGGACAUUAUGCUAAUAAAUGUACAAAAGGACAUCUGGCUUUCCUAUCGAAUGCUGCCCGAAAGUAAUCAUUAACUGAGCAAAUCAACAAUAAACCACAAUUUUGAAAAAAAA